ACUUACUUUUUUGUAGUUAGCGAAGUUCAUGCCAUAAUAUGUAUUGCUUCUAUUGUGUAACAGACUUACCAGCAUCAAAAAGCCAAUCUACUGUCCAUCUGCGAAAGUGAUGGCCUCCACAAAGGUAUCCGAGAAGCUGCUGCAAGGUGGACCAUUCAAAAGCCAGCUUGCUCCCGAGAUGUACGCAGAACUAAGCGCCAAUCCUGGAGAACAUCUCAAAGGCAUAUUUCAGGUAUUCAAGACAGUGUUUACUACUCUAAGCGAUGAAAGUCAGCAGUUCCUGGACCUUGGUUGUGGAGCGGGAGACUUCACGCGAGAGUGGAUCUUACCAUCAUGCCAGCCAUGCAAGAGGAUCUUGGCUGUUGAUGCCUCGACAAGCAUGCUCGAAUACGCCAGAGAGAAAUACCCGCACGAGAAGGUCGUGUACGAACACCUGGACAUCGACGACGACGUGUCCGCCUUCUUGAAGAACCACGGCACCUUCCAGCGGGUGUACUCCUUCAACAUGCUGCAUUGGUCCAGAGACCUGCGCCGCGCCCUAGCCCAUAUCACCCAGUUACUCGCUCCUGGCGGCGAGUGUCUGCUGUUCUUCGUGGCAAGGGGCUUCGUGUUCGAGUCGUUCAAAGAGCUCAGUCGCCUUGAGCCUUGGUCAAAAUACGCUAACGUCCUUCUGCAAGCCGUACCAAAGAGCCACGACAUAGUCAACCAAAAAGAUCAGCAUGCCUACCUGACCGAAGCUAUUGCCUCGGCAGGACUGGUCCCUUAUACCGCUGAAGUUUUGGUCAGGAAUGUAUUGCCCCGCAGAAGAAUUGGCGCCUAUCAAGGGAUGGCCGAGAUAGCCAAUCCACUUUUGUCGAUCCUGAGGGACGACGAGAAGCCUGCUCUCCUGGAUGCGCUGUCGACGCACCUACCUAAAUGGCGCGAAUCAUACAGCAGAGGAGGCGGUCCGGUUUUGUCAUCAAGAUUCCUCGUGCACGCCGUAAAGCCAUAGCAUUUAUGAACCCUUCGUAUGCAUGCACAUGAAGUCCACAGAUAAUGAUAGGAAGGAAAGCAUAGUUAAAUAUCUGUACUUUCAAUUAUGUUUUGAAGUUGUGAAUUAUAAUUACGACGACAACAAAAAAGUGAAACCUCGUCGCAUAUGGGAGCGAAAUCCCCCUCCUCCGCAUACACAGGCGCGCCUAAUCUUCAACG